UAGGUCACGAUGCGAGACUACUAAACGCAGAACAAACCGCCCACUCGCCUCUCAAACCUCUCUUCAAUCUCCCAUCUAUAUCUUUUCCAUCUAUCCCUAUCUUUCACUUUCCCUCCCUUUCUCUUCAAUUUCGUUUGUACUUUCUAGGGUUUUCAGUUUCAACCACACAAUCGUCGGCCACAAUCAUGGGUAACAACAAGAAAGAACAGUUUGAUGUGUCCGAUCUCGGCGCCUCCUUACCGGCCGCCGCUGCAGCUCUUAGUGCGGAGGAUCGUGCUGGGCUUGUAAACGCCUUAAAGGAUAAGCUUCAAAACCUUGCAGGGCAACACUCGGAUAUUCUCGAGAGUUUGAGUCCGACGGUUAGGAAGAGAGUCGAGGUUUUAAGAGAAAUCCAGAGUGAACAUGACGAGCUUGAGGCAAAGUUCUUUGAAGAAAGAGCUGCUCUUGAAGCAAAAUAUCAGAAACUAUAUGCACCAUUAUAUUCAAAGAGAUACGAUAUAGUAAAUGGUGUUGUUGAAGUUGAUGGAGUUAACGAUGAAGCUGCAAUGGACGUGGCAGAUGAUAAAGCUAAAGAAGAAAAGGGUGUGCCGAAUUUUUGGUUAAAUGCAAUGAAGACCAAUGAAAUAUUGGCUGAGGAGAUUUCUGAACGAGAUGAAGAAGCUCUUAAAUAUAUUAAGGAUAUUAAAUGGUGUCGCAUUGAUGAUCCCAAGGGUUUUAAGCUCGAGUUCUUCUUUGACACCAAUCCAUUUUUCAAGAACUCUGUUUUGACCAAAAUAUAUCAUAUGAUUGAUGAUGAUGAACCUAUUUUAGAGAAGGCAAUAGGGACUGAAAUCGAAUGGUUACCAGGGAAAUGCUUAACACAAAAGAUCUUGAAGAAAAAGCCAAAAAAGGGUUCAAAGAAUGCCAAACCAAUAACCAAGACAGAAAAUUGUGAAAGUUUUUUCAACUUUUUUAACCCUCCGCAGGUCCCGGAGGAUGAAGAUGAAAUUGAUGAGGAAAUGGCUGAAGAACUUCAGAAUCAAAUGGAACAAGACUAUGACAUUGGAUCAACCAUACGUGACAAAAUUAUCCCUCAUGCGGUCUCUUGGUUUACGGGUGAAGCUGUACAAGAAGACGAGUUUGAAGGUAUUGAAGAUGAUGACGACGAGGAUGAUGACGAGGACGAAAUCGAUGACGAGGAUGAUGAAGAGGACGAAGAAGAUGACGAGGAUGAAGAAGACGAGCCUAAGGCUAAAAGCAAAAAGAAGUCUUCUGGACCAAAGAAGGGUGGCAUUGUGCAUGCUGGUGGUGAACAGGGUGAGAGACCUCCUGAAUGCAAGCAACAGUAGAUUUUUCUGGUUGGCUGCUUUGUGGUGUUGGUGUCUUGGAUCAUUUUUUUGUCAAGUUCGGUUGUGUAUGAUGAGAAUUUUAUUUGCUAAAAUAUAUUUAUGGUCUAGUUUUGUAUGUUGUUAUGUUAUGUCUAUUGUCAUGGCAUUUGUGAUUUGUUACCAAAUUGGUGCGUCUUUUACCCUUUAUGAAUUGAAUACUAGUGUAGUAUUUUAUAAUGUAUUGGAAAAACUUGCUAUUUUUGUCCUCGG